GGCGCUCAUCAUUUCGAUUGUGUUGUCCUGGGCGGCGGUAGUGGGGGAAUUGCAUUUGCUCGACGAGCAGCCAGUUAUGGAGCCAAGGUUGCCCUAGUGGAGUACCGCCGACUCGGUGGGACCUGUGUAAAUGUCGGCUGCGUUCCGAAAAAGAUUAUGUGGUGUGCGGCCAAUGCCUUUGAAAGCCUGCACGGCCUGAAGCAUUUGGGCGUAGACUUCAACGAGCCCCCGCGGUUUAAUUGGGAGCGCCUCGUGGAGAACAGGGAAAAUUACAUAAGCCGGCUUAACAAAAUUUACGAAACAAACCUUGAAAAGUCACAAGUCCAGCGGUUCUAUGGGUGGGCUAGUUUACUCCCAAAAGUAGAAGCUAAAGAGGAGCAUGUCAUCGUCGUCAAUGAGACAAAGCAAGAUUCAGAAGCAGGAGUGCCACCCACUAGCCGACUCACCGCGAAGCAUGUUCUUGUUGCAACCGGCGGUCGUCCGACUCCGCUCUCGAUUCCUGGGGCAUCCUUGUGUACAGACAGCGACGGAUUCUUUGCUCUGAAGUCUCAGCCGAAACGCGUUGGAGUCAUUGGAGCUGGUUACAUCGCAGUUGAGCUGUGUGGAGUUUUGCAAGGUCUAGGGACAGAAACCCAUUUGUUUACGCGCUACGCGAGGGCUCUCAGGAAGUUUGACAAAAUGAUUCAAAAUGAAAACCACAAAAAUAUGCAACGCAUGGGCGUUCAGGUGGAGUUAACUCCCAUGGCGAUUGCCGCUGGUCGUCGGUUGGCUGACCGUCUGUAUGGCCAGAUGCCGAAUGCUAAGGCAGACUACGACUUUGUCCCCUCGGUCGUCUUCGCUCAUCCCCCAAUCGCCAGUGUGGGCCUUACUGAGGAAGAGGCUAUCCAGCAACACGGAGAAGACGAUAUUCAGUCAGAGCAAGGACGUAUCUUGGGAUUACAUCUCGUGGGGCUUGGGGCAGACGAGAUACUUCAAGGAUUUGCCGUUGCCAUCAAAAUGGGCGCUCGCAAGUGCGAUCUGGACCGCUGCGUGGCUAUUCACCCGACGGCCGCCGAAGAGAUAGUGACACUCCCCCCGUGGGGCCUGUAA